AUGCACCUCCACGAUGUCACAACACGUCCAACAGACCUUGUGCUGCACACUACGAACAUCCAUUCAGCCGUCAAAUCGAAUAUCUUGACUAAGAAACGAACAUGCUGCUUUCAAACCAUACCUGCGACUUUGUCGUUGUUAGCUGUGAUGCACUGCAUGCUUGUAUCACCUGUACGUGGAGCGCCAGGUGAUAUUUUAGUUGAAAGUGCAUUCUUUCGUGAUGCAGACGGAUGGUAUGCAACGUGGGAUGGGAAGCUUGUGGGGAAUCCGAUACAGCUCGACGUAGAUCGAGUGACGCAGCGGAUCAAGGGAGUAGACAAGGGAAAUGUAUAUUGGUACUUCACAGCUCCUGCCAAGUUUCUCGGGGACAAGCGAGCGUUCAUGAAUGGAGUACUGCAGUAUAACUUUGGUCACUACUUCUUCAAUGGCGAGUUAAAGAACAACAGCAAGCAGGCUGAUGUGAUCAUAGAGUCGAAGAAGAAGAAGAUUCAACUCGGAGCAAGGUAUGUGUACACCGGGGAUUCAAUGAACAGAGUGUACAACGUGACUUUCUCUGCGGAGCCUUUCCAGAAGUUUUGUAAGAGUGGGUCAAGUUCAAGCGUUUGCGCUGGGAUGAACGACAGAUGUCAGACCAACGAAGACUGCUGCGACAGGAACUGUGUUGGAGGGCCAGCAAGAUGGUACAACCUGAAGACAGGCAAACCUGCCCAGAACUUUGAGAUCCUUCAGGUCUUGACGAGCUUGAGCGGGUUGAAAAUCCGAGCCGGAUACUAUGACGGGGUGGAGGAACGGUCUUGGUUGAAGAAUCCUCUGGUCUUGGAAGGAGGUCUUGCCCCUCUCUCGCCGCCCUCCGAACAGUCAGCGAACGUGCAGCAAACUAUAGGCACAGCAACUUGCUCGGCCGAGUUGAAGUCCAGGCUGACAGUAAGGCCGGCAGUGGCAACCACGACCUUCAACACGGACCUGAUCCGACCUUGGCUAGAGUACAUUGAGUUCCCCAGCAUCCCGCAGAUUUGCUCUGAUGCAUCCCUAGUGAUCGAGGCCUCAGGGGACCUGCUGGGAGAGGACAAGUACGUCUCUGUCUACGGAGAGAAGGGGGAGGAGCUCGGAAGGCUGUUCGUUACUGCGAAUGACUUCUCUGUAACUGCCAGUGCAUGUGGCAACGACGGCUCGGGAGAGUGCUCAAACAUUCCGAAUGUGAACAGCACCAAUGCCUCCAUCUUCAUGAAGGAUGAGGUUGUUGAACCCUAUGUCGUCACAGACGGGGUAGUCGUCCCUCGCUCCCUUAUGUCUGUCUACUCCGCGGACCGCCGACUCAAGAUCGGACUGGGUGUAGCUGCCUCAAACCUCGCUACAACCGUCAGGCUCGUUUCUGCUACCAUCGAGUUCAGUGUUGGAGGGUGUUACUCCUACAGCGCCGUCCGCUUCCCCGGCAUCGCCAGGGCCCCCGACCGAACCUCUGGAUACUUCGAAACCCUCAGUAUUCCCAAGGUGAUCCCAGCUGCAGACGACGGGGCGAUCACGAUGAAUGCUACUGGUGUCCUGCAGCCUGUGAACACUUGGGUCGGCGUCUAUAUCAACUCCUCCGCCUCCAGCCCGGGGAGCCCUUCCUCCCUCGUCGCUAUGCUCUUCGCCGGAGCUGGGCAGGUGUUGGGCUCGGGUCCUGUAAGGAGCGUGACAGAAUUUGAAACGAGUCGGAUCUCUCGCAGUAACUUCCUCCUUAUGGCUCAGGCUACGGCUGCUCAGUUCCACGCCAGGACCAAGAUCGACGUCUUCCUGCGGGGAGAGCCCGAUGCCAGCGGACACCCCGACCAGCUAGUCCUCAACGAGGCCUCCAUCCUCUACCCCCCCCUCUCCUGCUCGGUGACCAGCCUCAAGGAGGGGAUGGGGGUGCUCGGGCUCAUGGGAAGGCCCAUAGAGCGCGAGCUUCAGUACUGCGACGACUGGUGGGAGUGCUCCGCUGUUGGCCCGGCCAACAAGCGCAAGUUCAUCUCAGUGGCCAAGUGCCGCACCGAGUGCUGGAGCUUCUCCUCCAUGUCCGCCUCCCCCGGCGUCUGCUACCAGCCCUUCAUCGCCGACGGCACGUGCGCCAACCCGGCAGAGGCUUGUGUCUGUAGCAUAGAGGGGAGAGCUUCCUGCGUGGCCGGCCAGGCGAGGAAGCAGGCAGACGGCACUUGCUACUGCCGCAGCUCCAAGUCUUGCAUCCGCUCUCCCAUCAACGCAAGCUAUCCGUUCUCCAUCUCCACCAAGGGAAUUCCUGCAAGUGACGUCACCAUCUUCGUCGAAGCCACAGUCCCCUUCCCCUUCCGCAGCGAUAACUGGCUGCGAGUCCGGCUGGGAGAAGGAGAUAUGCGAACCCUGGGGCACUUGUUCGGAUCCCCUGACUGCAGCUGGCAGUGCAGAGACUCAUACGACGGCUAUGAUUCAACGAAGCCUAUCAUCGACAGCGUCCGUCUCCCCUUCGAGCUGGCACGAGACGUUCUGUCGGACAACCUCCUUGAAAUCCUCAUCGAGAUCGACGAGCCCCGGCAGGCGCUCAGUUGUGCUCUUCACCCGCAGCAUCCUCGCUGCUUCCCCUACCUCGACGCGGCACAAAACAUCAACUCCAGCCAGACCAGCAUCGAGGUUUUGAAUGCUUCAGUCGCGGGUAUCGAUCAAACGACAAUCUGCAGAGACUGCGAGAGCUUCUACGUGCUGGUGGAAUCCGAGCUCAUGCAAGUAGUGGCGUACGAGGGCAACAGCCUACAGGUCGUCCGGGGAGUUGGGAACUCUGUCCUCCAGGCUCACAGUAUCGGGAGCUGCUUCUGCUCCAACCACAACACGACUUGCGAGGGGAGCUUGUCCGAGGUUGACUGCACGACGUACGGAGGCAGCUGGCAAGGAACAGUGGUGCAGCCCAUCUACCCCUACAUCCUACCAGCGCUCGCCAACGAAGGACAGUACAUCUUGCGGUCAAUCACUGUAUCAUACGGCGCACUGGACAACAACAGGUUCUAG